AUGAAGGUAGAUAUUCCGAUCCAAAGAGGAGAAGCGCAGUUAUCAGUCAUCAAGGCAUGGAAGGAACAAAAGAUAACAAAGGUCAUUAACAAGACUCAGAAGAGGCUCCUCGAGAUUUCAGGAUGGGAGGAAAAGAAAACAACAAAGAUCGAAUCUCAACUCGCUAGGAUCCAGCGUAAGAUGGACCAUAAGAAAAUGGAGAAAGCAGAAGAACUAAGGAGCAAGAAAGCAGCAGUUCAUGCAAAAGCACAAGAGCAGAAGGCAAAGGUUCAAACCAGACGCGCUCGAGAGAUCCUUGAUGCUGAAGAGGAAGCUGCUAGGUUUCAAGCAAUUGGACAAGUUCCUAAGAAGUCAUCUCUCAGCUGCUUCUGA